AAAUCUCCUGAUUUAUAUGCAGACCAAAACGGGAGUUUUCGGCCUCUAAACAACAGCAAAGGAUUGUCUGGUGGAGCCAUAGCCGGGAUAUCUGUUGCUGGGAUAGCUGGGGUGUUGUUAUUUGCAGGUUGUUUAUAUGUAGGAUUACUAAGAAAAAAGAAGGAAGAGAAGAUUCAAUUGCUCUCAACAGUACGUGAAGAUCAGUUACAACAAGUUGGUCAUGCUCCUGGAGACAUCAAAACACUAGAUUCUGCUGGUACUCGGGAUGGAGCAUCUCCAGGUCUUACAGGCAUUACUGUCGACAAAUCUGUUGAGUUCUCAUAUGAGGAACUCGCAAGUGCUACUGAUGACUUCAGUAUUGCUAAUAAGAUUGGUGAAGGUGGAUUUGGAGCAGUCUACUAUGCCGAGCUCAGAGGUGAGAAAGCGGCAAUUAAGAAAAUGGAUAUGGAAGCCAGUAAAGAAUUUCUCGCUGAGCUGAAGGUUUUGACAAAUGUUCACCACCUCAACCUGGUGCGCUUGAUAGGAUAUUGUGUUGAGGGCUCUCUCUUCCUUGUAUACGAAUACAUUGAGAACGGAAACUUAAGUCAACACCUCCGAGGUUCAGGCAGGGAACCACUGCCGUGGUCAACUAGGGUGCAAAUUGCUCUUGAUUCAGCAAGAGGUCUUGAAUAUAUCCACGAGCACACUGUUCCCGUCUACAUCCACCGUGAUAACAAACCAGCAAAUAUAUUGAUAGACAAGAAUUUCCAUGGGAAGGUUGCAGACUUUGGUUUAACAAAACUGACUGAGGUUGCAAGUAGUUCGCUGCCAACAGGCCGACUUGUGGGAACAUUUGGUUACAUGCCCCCUGAGUAUGCUCAAUACGGCGAUGUUUCUCCUAAAGUAGACGUGUAUGCUUUUGGUGUUGUUCUUUAUGAAUUGAUUUCAGCCAAGGAAGCCAUAGUUAAGGGAAAUAACUCCGCUGCAGACUCAAAGGGCCUUGUCGCUUUGUUUGAAGAGGUUCUCAGUAAGCCUGACCAAACUGAAGAACUGCGGAAACUGGUCGACCCUAGACUUGGAGAUAAAUACCCCCUUGACUCAGUCCAAAAGAUGGCAAUGCUUGCCAGAGUUUGUACUCAUGAAAAUCCUCAGUUUCGACCAACUAUGAGAUCGAUCGUUGUUGCAUUGAUGACUCUCUCGUCUACAACUGAAGAUUGGGACAUCGGCUCUUUCUACGGAAACCAUGGCCUCUUAAAUCUGAUGUCUGGGAGGUAGGGAGUAGCAAUGAGCACGUCACAUCAUUGGUCCGUAUCCCUGCUGCUUUGGCACGAGUCGAGCAAUUGGAAAAUGCAAUGCCGUAUGUGUGUAAUAUGUAUAUGUUUCUGUACAAUUCUUGUGUGUUGUUAGGUGAAGACGGAAAUAGUUACCUUAGAUAAGUAACAUUGAUAUUACUCGAGCAAAUAUUGUAUUUAAAUUGGUGAUUUAUUUUCAAUUGGAUUUUCUA